UCCACUUGGCAAGAAGAGAGAAGUCUGUCUGUCUGUCUGAAGAAACUAAACUAAAUUCAAGUGUGUCAGCAACCUAAGAAAAAAGACAUGACAGAAGCAUGAAAAUGCUUGUGUCAUUAAAAGUCCAGUCCAGCUAAAUUCCAAGGUGUAAUCAUGUAGGACUGUAACUUUGUCAGUCUUACAAUGAUCCCCCCCACCCUUUUUGUGGGGGUAAAUUCUGUAGCAUCACAGGUUGGUGGUAGAGGGAGGAGACAACCAGAUUCCUACAUUGAGCACCCAACUAAACAACAAGCUCUGGGAGGCGGUGUCAUUGGGAUAGUUUGUAAUUAGCUGUCUUCUUCCUUAGAAAUUCUGAGACGAAGACUUUGCAGAUGAAGAACAAGUGUAGCUUCUGAAAAAAAAAACCCAGUUACCAAAAUUGCUUUGCUGUAGAUUCACAGAUUUUCACAAGGAACUACUUCUAAUUUUUAAUCUGCAAGAAAGAGCAAAUUUAUGUGUCUCUUAAAUAUUUGAACAUUUAAUAAUAAUAAUUAAAAAAACCUUAACAUUUGUUCUGCGGUGCUAAAAACUGGAAAAGAGCCGAGAAGACACUUUCAGCUGCCACAGUUGUCCUUAGAAGUUAAUUAAUGGACAGGACUCUGACAGUAGGUCUGGCUCUUUUCCUCACAUUUUGUGUGGACAUACCAGAAGCUGGAGGAUGGAGGGAGUGGGCUAAUGGUGAAAGCAAACGGUCAUUACGUUCUUCCGAUAAAGCAAGCCGUUGUUCCUAUACCUUCAUUGUUCCACAGCAGAAACUGACUGGGGCUCUCUGUUUGAACACACAGUCUGCAGUGACUAACCACUCAGAGGUGGCAGCACUGCAGGCAAAGCUCAAACAGCAGCAGGAGCAACUUGAGAGGCUCCAGCUCCAACUGGAGCAGGAAGGGUCUCUUGUCAUGGAAGUAAGAGCCCUGCGCAAAGAGAGCAACAGCAUGAAUUCUCGCAUCACCCAGCUCUAUGCCCAGUUGCUACAAGAAGUCAUCCAUAAGAAAGACCAGGCUUUGGAGCAGCAAAAAGUGGAGAACCUCCUGCUAAAUGCUACAACUCAGGCACUGCAGGUGUCCAGUGAUUACAGGGAACUGGAGAAGAAAUAUGGAGCCCUCACCUCCAUGAUGAGCUCCCAGAAUCAGCUCAUUACCCAACUGGAGAAGCAGUGUCAGUGCAGGGACUCUAGCCAGUCAUCUCUGGCAUUGACUAAAACACCAGGAAGCCGGACUGAUGUGCAUCAUAAUAACAGCUCUGAGACCAACAAAAUAAGCAAGGAUGUUCAAAGAGACCAGAGUGUUUUUCCAUCCCAGCAAGCAAAACCACGAGAAGCUCCUUCCCUUCCCUCCACUACCACCAGUACUUCUACUGAUGCGCCCUUUAUUAGCUUCCCUGUCACAAAAUCUCCAGGGCCAUGGUGGGACUGUCAGCACGCUCUGGACUCAGGUGAGACCACCAGUGGUAUUUAUCUGCUUCGUCCCAGGAAUUCCAACCGACUCCUGCAGGCCUGGUGUGAACAGAGUCGAGCUCAGGGAGGGUGGACAGUCAUCCAGAGGAGACAAGAUGGGUCGGUGAAUUUCUUCAGAACGUGGGAUCAGUACAAGCAAGGCUUUGGGAAUCUGGACGGAGAAUACUGGCUUGGCCUGGAACACCUCUACUGGCUAACUAAACAGUCUCAGUAUAAACUCCGAGUGGCCCUGGAGGACUGGCAGGGUCGGCAGGUGUUUGCUGAGUAUGACAGCUUCCAACUGGAACCAGAGAGUGACUGGUACCGCUUGCGCUUAGGCCAAUACCACGGCAACGCAGGAGACUCCCUCUCAUGGCACAACAACAAAGCCUUCACCACACUGGAUCGAGACAAGGACAGCUACACAGGUAACUGUGCUCAUUACCAGAAAGGAGGAUGGUGGUAUCACAUGUGUGCCCACUCCAACCUGAAUGGUGUGUGGUAUCGAGGUGGACACUACAGAAGCCGUUACCAGGAUGGGGUCUACUGGGCAGAAUUCCACGGAGGGUCCUACUCCCUCAAACGAGUUUUCAUGAUGAUCAAACCCACAUAGCUCCAUUACUAUCUUUAAGGGAAACACCUUAACUGUUGUGGAUGACACAGAUAAAUGUACAACUGAAACUGAAAAUGUUUUUACAUUGUAUGUAUAAUAAAUAAAAUGCUU